AGCAUCUCGUCCGGUGUCCCAACGUGUUUCCUCGCCUUCGCCCAACUGCUCCCCUCACGUUGGAUCAGCCCGCCUUCGGGCUCAAUACGAAACCGGGAGGUCACCUUGCAGCAACAACUUGGAAAUCGGCCGCAGAACAGGAACAUGGGUGCGGGGCAAUCCACCCAACAAGACUUUGCAGCGGCGCCACCCUCACACGCGCUCCAUGUUCUCCGGGUUACACCAGACUCCCCAGCUUCCAAGACGGGUAUCGAACCGUUAUUCGAUUUCGUUGUCGGAUUUCAAGGCGAUUCCCAGACUUCUCGGUCUCAGAAUAUCGACGCCUCAUCCUUGGAGCGCAUUGUCGAAUCCCACGAGGGCCGCCCGCUUAAUCUUCUUGUUUGGAACAGCAAAAGUCGGGAAACUCGAAUCGUCCCGGUCGUACCCUCCCGGAGCUGGUCCGAAGGGGAUGGGACCACGCAACCGUCACUGCUCGGUCUGAGUAUGAGAAUGUGUGAGCCGGAAUUGGCGAUGGACAAUGUCUGGCACGUUCUAGAUGUGCAAGUGCUCCACGACGUACAGCUCGUUGCUGAGAGUGCUGGUCUGGUCCCGUAUGGCGACUAUAUCACCGGCUGGUCUGGUGGAGUGCUGAGCUCCGAAAACGAUUUCUAUGAGCUCGUGGAAGCUCACGUGGAAAAACCGCUGCGUGUCUACGUAUACUCGCAUGAUUUUGAGUGCGGGUUCUCGGUCUUCAUGAUACGGCAUUUUUUUUACAUCCCACGCAGUGCGCUGCGGGAAGUCAUAUUGGUACCGAAUCGCUCAUGGGGCGGUGAAGGUCUACUUGGUUGCGUGUUCGGCUAUGGCCUAUUGCAUCGGAUUCCACCGCAACCAAUAGACCGUAUCGGAGGCAUUCUGACGCCACCUGAGUUGCAAGAGGCCGAGGACGACUACGAGGAACAGGAUCUGUUUGUGCCUGCCGAUGUCGCCCUGUACGAAGCGCCAUUUCAAGCUCCCGCGCCGCUUCUGGCACCUGAGCAUCUCAGCAGCCGGUCCACGCCAGUUGCGUCCGUCAGGGAAGAGAGUAGCGGUGACGAGGACGAUGACGACGUUGCCACUACAAUCGGGAGCACACCGCCCUUGCCGCAUCGAGCAGUGUCGUUGGGUGCUUUCCGCGCAAGCCCAACACCCGUCUUUCCGUCACAUCUGUCCAGGACAGCGAAUGCCGCGAGCGACGAAGAACCGAGUACACCGGACACGGAUAAUUCAAGUCUGACCAGUGUCGAUUAGCACGGCAUGUCAUUCCAGCAUAAGAUAGUCCGUGGGGUUUACAACGGUUUACACUUGAGAUUACAGAUUAUAUCCAAAAAAAGCAAAGAUCUAUGACAUCGUGACAAUUCCUAG